CAGAAAAGAGAAGGCUACACAAAAACAAAAAGAAUUUAUCGCUCUCCUUCUUUUCUCUCUCCCCUCCCUCCCUCAUCAUACCUCCCCAUGAGAGGCCCAAUUGUCCUUGGUGGUUCAUCUCAUCCAAAGCUCACUCAUGAAAUAUGUGAUCGUUUGGGUAUUGAACCUGGAAAAUCACGUUUGUCCAAGUUUAGCAAUAAUGAAACGAGUGUAGAACUGUAUGAGUCUGUACGUGAACAAGACGUAUACAUUGUUCAAUCAGGCUGUGGGCAUGUCAACGAUAACUUUUUUGAACUAUGCAUCAUGAUACAAGCCUGCAAGACAGCUUCAGCACGUAAAGUCACUGCUGUUAUUCCUUUUUUCCCUUAUUCUAGGCAGCCUGAUGCACCCUUCAAGCGAUCAGGUGCUCCUUUGAUUCGUCCUCCUCCUAUGACACCCAAAACAAUACCUACAACACCAGCUAAUGAACUUGUUGAUAACCCUUUUGUAAACACGAUGGACGUAGGACAGCAAAUCAUGUUGGGUGUUCAACGUCAUGCGACUCAACAACAACAAAGACAAGCAGGAGAUGGAUACAAACAAUGGGUCGCUCGAUCUGGUACCUUGAUUGCUGACUUGUUGACUUGUGCAGGUGCUGACCAUAUCAUUACUAUGGAUUUGCAUGAUCCUCAGUUUCAAGGCUUUUUUGAUUGCCCAGUCGAUAACUUAUCUUCUCUGCCAUCAAUGGGUAAAUACAUCUAUCGACAUAUCCCUCAUUAUUCAGAAGCUGUGAUUGUUUCUCCUGAUGCGGGUGGUGCCAAGCGUGCUACUUCCAUUGCAGAAAAACUCCAUAUGGAUUUUGCUUUGAUCCAUAAAGAGCGUCGUCGACCUGAUAAACCUCAAAACCAUGAUUUAAUGCUUGUGGGUGAUGUACGUGACAAAGUCUGUAUCUUGAUUGAUGAUAUUGCAGACACAUCAUUUACGAUUACCAAAGCAGCCAAGUUAUUGCAUGAACAUGGGGCUACUAAAAUCUAUGCGCUUAUCACACAUGCUAUUCUAUCUGGAGAUGCUGUGGAUCGUAUUCAAAAAAGCUAUCUUGAUCAUGUGAUUGUGAGUGAUUCAGUGCCUCAAGAACAACAUUUGGCCAAGUGCAACAAAUUCAAGAUAUUGCCUGUAGCUUCUCUUUUAGCUGAAGCUAUUCGACGUAUACAUUUUGGUGAGAGUGUCAGUACUUUAUUUGAUCCUCAAUAUGAAUUGUCAUAAUAAAUAUACACACA